UUUCUUACCAUCUUUUCUUGUCAUGUUUUCAUUAAGUGUGCUUUGGCUCUUCUAGCGAGCAACUCUUAAAUUAUUCAGGACCUUUUCAUGCAUUCAGAUUUUGAUUGUGCGCAGCGAGUUUCAAAAGACUACAAGGGCCUUUACCAUGUCUACUCGGGCGGUGCAAUUGCAUAUUCGAGAUCGAUAUGUGGUGAUGGAUAAUGGCAUAGUCCAAGUCACGUUAUCCAACCCAGAUGGAAUUGUUACCGGAAUAAGAUAUAAUGGCGUCGACAAUUUGCUUGAAGUUCUUAACAAGGAAUCAAAUAGAGGGUAUUGGGACCUUGUAUGGAAUGCACCAGGAAGCAAGGGAAUAUUCGAUGUGAUCAGUGGAACAAGUUUUAGGGUCAUAGUGCACAAUGAGAACCAGGUUGAGCUCUCAUUUACAAGAAUGUGGGAUCCCUCCCUCGAGGGCAAGUUUGUUCCCUUGAAUAUAGACAAAAGGUUUAUAAUGCUUCGUGGUUCGUCGGGCUUUUACUCUUAUGCCAUUUAUGAGCACUUGAAGGAUUGGCCCGACUUUGACCUUGGUGAAACGAGGAUCACUUUCAAGCUCAGAAAAGACAGGUUUCACUACAUGGCUGUAGCAGAUGAUAGGCAAAGAUACAUGCCUCUGCCUGAAGACCGGUCCUCUGGAAGAGCGCAAAUCCUGGCCUACCCUGAAGCUGUGCUGCUUGUCAAUCCCAGCAACCCAGAGCAUAAGGGAGAGGUCGAUGACAAAUACCAGUACUCCCGUGAUAACAAAGAUAUUAAGGUUCAUGGGUGGAUAUCUAGUAACCCACCUGUUGGAUUCUGGCAAAUCACACCUAGUGAUGAGUUUCGAUCCGGUGGACCCCUCAAGCAAAGCCUGACCUCACAUGUGGGGCCCACCACCCUUGCGAUGUUUAUUAGCGGUCAUUAUGCGGGACAAUACCUGGUGCCUCAAUUCAGAAAUGGCGAGCCAUGGAAGAAGGUUUUUGGCCCAGUAUUUAUCUAUCUUAAUUCUGCAUCUCCCAGAGAUGAUCCGCUUUGGCUAUGGGAGGAUGCUAAAAUACAGAUGAUGACCGAAGUCCAAAGCUGGCCUUAUAGUUUUCCAGCUUCUGAGGAGUUCCAGAAGUCAGAUCAGCGUGGUAAUGUUGGUGGUAGACUACUCGUCUUAGAUAGGUAUAGUAGCAAAGAUUAUAUACCAGCAAAUGGUGCUUAUGUGGGCAUGGCUCCACCUGGAGAUGCUGGAUCAUGGCAAAGAGAAUGCAAGGACUACCAAUUUUGGACAAGAGCGGAUGAGGAAGGCUAUUUUUCUAUCAAUAAUAUACGUACUGGUGACUAUAACCUCUAUGCCUGGGUCCCAGGCUUUAUAGGAGACUACCGGUAUGAUACUCCCAUUACCAUAACCUCAGGUUCUUAUAUUGAAAUGGGUGAUCUUGUGUAUGAACCUCCUAGCGAUGGACCCACAUUAUGGGAAAUAGGCAUCCCUGAUCGUUCUGCUGCAGAGUUCUAUGUUCCCGAUCCGGAUCCAAAGUACAUCAAUAAACUUUUUGUCAAUCAUCCUGACAGGUUCAGGCAUUAUGGAUUGUGGGAUAGGUAUACAGAACUCUAUCCUGAUACAGACUUGGUUUACACAGUUGGUGUUAGUGAUUAUCGUAAAGAUUGGUUCUUUGCUCAGGUUCCCAGGAAGAAGGACGAUAACACACAUCAAGGAACAACUUGGCAAAUCAAGUUCAUACUUAAUAAUGUGGAUCGGAGAAGCACCUACAAACUGCGAGUGGCUAUUGCAUCAGCAACUCUGGCUGAAUUACAGGUGCGCGUUAACGAUCCAAAUGCAAGACGCCCUCUAUUUACAAGUGGAUUAAUAGGGAGGGACAACUCAAUCGCUAGACAUGGAAUUCACGGGCUCUACUUGCUAUACAAUGUGAAUGUACCUGGUGCUCAGCUUGUUGAAGGCAACAAUACCAUCUUUUUUACACAACCAAGAAACACCAGCCCUUUCCAGGGAAUUAUGUAUGAUUACAUUCGUCUAGAAGGUCCACCAUCUUCUGAUGUCAAAGAUGAACUUUGAGCUACCUCAUUGUAGAUUUAUAGUGGAAGAUGUCGUUGUAAUUACCACGUUUUGAAAUGUUUGAUUGGUAUGAAUAAAAUAGUUAUUGUGUAAA